AUGAAUCGCCAAGGCCAAACCCAACAGCAUAAGCUCCACGGUGAUGAAGUGGGGAAACAUAACUCUCGCGAGUCGUGUUGGGUCAUUGUGCAUGGACGAGCAUACGAUGUGACCGAGUUUCUACCUGAACAUCCAGGUGGACAGAAGAUCAUUCUCAAGUAUGCGGGAAAAGACGCCACCGAGGAGUUUGAGCCCAUUCACCCGCCAGAUACGCUCGACAAGUACUUGCACAAGUCUAAACACUUGGGCGAGGUGGAUAUGAACACUGUGCAUCAUGAUGAAAAGCAAGCCGACCCUGAAGAGGAGGAGCGACAAAAGCGAAUCGAGCGCAAGCCAAUUCUCGAACAAUGCUACAAUUUAAUGGACUUUGAAGGCGUCGCCAGGACUGUCAUGAAGAAAACUGCUUGGGCUUACUACUCUAGUGGUGCCGAUGACGAAAUUACUUUGCGAGAAAACCAUUCGGCCUAUCAUAAGAUCUGGUUUCGACCGCGGAUAUUAGUCGAUGUGGAGAAGAUAGACCUUUCAACGACAAUGUUAGGCACAAAAGUCGACAUACCAUUUUAUGUCACUGCAACGGCUUUGGGAAAGCUUGGCCAUCCGGAAGGUGAGGUGGUGCUGACAAGAGCAGCUAAGAAGCAUAACGUGGUGCAAAUGAUUCCAACGCUAGCAAGUUGCUCAUUUGAUGAAAUUGUUGAUGCAAGGGAGGGCGAUCAAGUGCAAUGGCUCCAGCUCUACGUGAACAAAGAUCGAGAUAUUACCAAGCGUAUUGUGCAGCAUGCUGAAAAAAGAGGGUGUAAAGGGCUGUUCAUCACUGUUGAUGCACCACAGCUCGGGCGACGCGAGAAAGACAUGCGUAGCAAAUUCUCAGACGUGGGAUCAAAUGUUCAGAGCAGCAGUGGCGAUAACGUUGAUCGUUCUCAAGGCGCAGCUCGCGCCAUUUCCUCCUUCAUUGACCCAUCCUUGAGCUGGAAGGAUAUCCCCUGGUUCCUCAGCAUUACCAAGAUGCCCAUCAUCCUCAAGGGUGUUCAGCGAGUUGAGGAUGUUAUCCGAGCCAUCGAGGCUGGGGUUCACGGUGUGGUUCUCUCGAACCACGGCGGCCGUCAGCUUGAUUUUGCGCGGUCCGGUAUUGAGGUCUUGGCCGAAGUCAUGCCAGUCCUGCGUGAGCGUGGUUGGGAGAAUCGCAUUGAAAUCUUCGUUGAUGGCGGCAUUCGACGAGCGACGGAUAUCAUUAAAGCUCUCUGCCUCGGAGCAAAGGGAGUCGGCAUCGGCCGGCCAUUCCUGUAUGCUAUGAGUGCAUAUGGUCUCCCGGGUGUGGAUCGCGCCAUGCAGCUGCUCAAAGAUGAGAUGGAAAUGAAUAUGCGUCUUAUUGGAUGCUCUAAAAUCGACGAACUUAACCCUACGUUAGUGGACACCACAGGUCUCAAUGCCCAUUCCACUUUGGUUCCCGCCGACACACUGGGAUUAAGGGUUUAUGACCCGCUAGGUUCGCCACGAGAGCAACCAAUACGCUCGAAACUGUAA